AAUGCAGUAAUGGAGGCGUAAACGUUUUUAAAGAACAGUCUAUGUUCUCAAUCUCUAAAGUUAAAAAUGAAUGAAGAAGCAAGUGUUGGGUUUCAUCAGAUGGGUCUUGAUGACCGUAUUUUAAAGGCUAUUUCCUCUUUGGGAUGGCGUGUACCCACACCGAUACAAGAGCGUGCAAUACCACUUGUACUCGAGGGCAAAGAUGUCUUAGCGCGAGCUCGAACUGGGUCAGGCAAAACAGCGGCUUUCAUUAUUCCGCUUAUCCACAAAAUACUGGUUGCUAAGCAGACAGCAAAAGAACAAGCAGUUAAAGCCAUCAUCCUGACUCCCUCCAAAGAACUCUGCAGUCAAGCUUACAAAAAUAUAUUGGAACUGACGUCUUCAUGUUCCAGAGAUGUUCGAUGUGUUGACAUUUCUCCACAAGCUCCUCUUCCAUCCCAAAGACCCUUAUUGAUGGAGAAGCCAGAUAUAGUGGUUGGGACACCCAGUCGAGUUCACGCUCACGUUGUGGCAGAGAACCUAUCUUUACGUGAGUCGGUUGAGUAUCUGGUCAUUGAUGAGGCUGACCUUGUCUUCUCAUACGGCUACGAAGACGACAUUCGACAGUUACUGACAUACUUACCUAAGAUAUAUCAAGCCUGUAUGAUGUCGGCUACAAUGAGUUCAGACGUGAAGGCUCUCAAAAGAAUGGUUCUUCAUAACGCAGUCAUACUGAAACUGGAAGAGUCACAGUUACCCGAGGCAUCCCAGCUCACUCAGUAUCACAUAAAGUGUGAAGAUGUAGACAAAUUUGCACUGAUUGCAGCACUACUGAAACUUUCCCUAAUACGAGGCAAGACCAUUCUGUUUGUCAACUCUGUCGACAGAUGCUACAAACUAAAAUUAUUUAUGGACCAGUUUGGUAUACCGUCGUGCGUUCUUAAUUCUGAACUGCCUGUUAACUCCAGGUGUCACAUAGUUGAGCAGUUUAACGAAGGUCUGUAUGAUUACAUCAUUGCUUCAGAUGAAACUCUUCUCUUUGAUCCAAAGGAAAAGCCAAAAGAAAAAGUCAAACAAAAAAAACAACGAAAAAAAGACCCGGAAUAUGGAGUUUCACGUGGCAUUGACUUUCAGAAUGUAUCAAAUAUUAUAAACUUUGACUUCCCUAAAACAGUUGAUGCUUACAUCCACAGAGUUGGCAGGACAGCUAGGGGAGACAACCAAGGAACGGCACUUUCUUUUGUCAACGUGAAUGAAAUGCAGAUGUUGCAGACUGUGGAGGAGGCAUUAAAAGGUUCAACUGCUGAAGGAUCUACUGUGUUUCGACCAUAUCAGUUCAAAAUGGAUGAAAUACAAGGUUUCAAAUACAGAGCAAAGGAUGCGAUGCAGGUAGUGACGAGGACGGCCAUACGCGAGGCUCGCAUGAAGGAAAUCAGACAGGAGCUGCUGACAUCAAAGAAACUGCGGUCUCACUUUGAGGACAACCCUCGAGACCUGCAGCUGCUGCGACACGACAAGAAACUGGCGACUUUCAAGAAACAACAGCAUCUUCAGCAUGUCCCAGACUACCUCGUACCUCAAACGUUAAAAGAUCUUAGCCAACCAAAGCGACAAAGACAGCACCAGCAACACAAACAGGGUCCAUCCCGGGGUCAAACACAGUACAAGAAAAGAAAAGCCGAUCCACUGAAGAGUUUUCAGUUUGCUGGGUUGAGCAGAGGGAAAAAGAGGAAGACAUGAUGAACUAUUGUUGUAAAUAAAUUAAAUUAAUUUGCA